CGCUCGCCGUGACUGCCAGCAACAAACAGGCUCAGAUCAAAGCAGCAUCUCUUCAUCAUGCUGGCAGCUCCGGGCCGACGGAGGAGGAACACGUUGUUUUAGUGUUUUGUUUGUGCGUAAACUUGGAUAAAUAAGGUGUUUUUUGGGGGGGUCACAAUGGGAAGAGGCAGAGAAUCGGCGAUAUCCGACGCGGACUUCACGUUUAUCAGCCCAGCUGUGAAGUAUCUGCUUUUUCUUUUUAAUUUUAUAUUCUGGAUAAUUUCCUUUGUCAUGGUGGCGAUUGGUGUGUAUGCUCGCCUGAUAAAGCAAGCAGAGACAGCUUUAGCUUGUCUGGCAGUGGACCCUGCCGUCAUGCUCAUGGUCGUGGGAAUCUUCAUGUUCAUCGUCACCUUCUGUGGAUGUGUGGGCUCCUUACGAGAAAACUUAUGCCUCCUGCAGACAUUCUGCAUCAGUCUGACAGUCAUCUUCAUUCUGCAGCUGAUUGCCGGUAUCUUGGGCUUCAUCUUUUCCGAUAAGGGAAGAGGUAAAGUAACAGAGAUGAUCAAUAAAUCCAUCGUCCACUAUAGAGAUGACAUCGAUCUGCAAAACCUCAUCGAUUUUGGCCAAAAAGAAUUCCGCUGCUGUGGCGGUGAGGCCUUCACCGACUGGUCCCAAAACAUAUAUUUCAACUGCAGCGACAAAAACCCGAGCAGAGAGCGCUGCUCCGUCCCUUUCUCCUGUUGCAUCAUGACCAAAGAUAUGAUAUUCAACACUAUGUGUGGUCAGGGCAUGCAGGAAUUAACGUACAUCAGAGCAGGAGAACACAUUUAUACCGAUGGCUGCAUCGACAAACUGGCGAACUGGAUCCACAGUAACCUGUUUAUCAUAGGAGGCAUCGCUUUGGGGCUUGCUAUACCGCAGCUGGUCGGCAUGCUUCUGUCUCAGAUUUUGAUCAAUCAGAUCAAAGACCAGAUCGAGCUGCAGAACUACAACGCCAGGCACCGCUCAGACCCGUGGAGCUGAACCAAAUCCGGAUGUUUUUAAACAGCACCGACUGUCAUGCACUUUAGUGACUUCUAAAGAGAAUGGAAUGUUAGUGUAAGAUGCAAAACUCUGCUGCCCCCUUCUGGACACUUUCAAUUUUCAAACUGAUAGAGAUGCUACAAGAACAUUUCUUACUUAUUUGUUGUCACAAAUGCCUUAAGUAUAACAUUGUGGUAUUUAUUCUGAAAUAACUUUUAAAAAAAGGAGAACUCAUUCAUUUAAAUUUAUUCAACUUGGAAGAGUUGGAAGAGUGUCCACCCUGAGACUUGGAAGAUUUAGACUAAAAAUGGGACUAAUUGCUUGACGCUCAGCAUUAAAAGGUUCAGGCCCAGAUGUGCAAUAACCAAUUUAACUUAAUUUAAAAAUGCAUGUUGUUAUAAACCUAUUUUUAAAAGAAAGAAGUGAACAUAUAGUUGUUUUUCUUCACUAUUAUGACAUUUCAUUUUUGGAUUAUUUACAUUAUCCUCAAUCUCUUUUUUAUUUUAUUUUACCAAAUUAAUACUUGAAAUACACAACUUUUUUAUUAAAUUAAAUUAACACUAACAAAUGUGUGUUUUUACUGAGAAAAUGUCUGCAUUCUGUAACACUGUCUCCUAAUUUGUUGUUGAAAACAGGCAUAAAUAAAUAUUAAGUAUCAUUUUUUUCCCUCUAUAUGAAACCUUUAAAUUGAAUACUUGUAAUGUAAAUGCAGCAGAAAUGUACGUGACGCAAGUCCUGAAUCCAAACAUAUCAUUUGUCUGUUAUUUUACAGCUGCGGUGGCGGUAAAGAGCGCAGCAAAGAGUGAAAUGUAAUUCAGGAAGAGAAAACUAAUGAAAAGAGUCUUCCAUUGUAUGCUUUAAAUGUAUGUGUGAUUUAUAGUGUGUAUAUAUACUGUAGGUGCUUGUAGCUCUGAGCUCCAGCGCUCUGUGUGUGGUCCUUUUUUUU